AUGGCUCCCACACGUUCGCUCCCGAAAAAGUCGAACCCCUUGAUGGUCGACGCGACUCACGACUAUGAGGAUCUCGUUUCCCGUCGUCGAUUGGGCCAGACGAUGCUGACCCCGAAGAUGGUCAGCGCAAGCGGAGAAGAGGGCGAGGCCAGCCUCGGAUCGGCCUUCGAUUACGCCCAUCUGCGCGCUCCUCUCCCCAAGGGAAUCGUGUCUGGCAUCUUCAAGUCGAGCCCCAACAGCUACUUCUUGAUGAGGCGAAGCUUUGACGGCUACAUCUCUGCGACCGGCAUGUUUAAGGCCACGUUUCCCUAUGCCGAGGCCUCGGACGAGGAGAUUGAGCGCAAAUUCAUCAAGUCUCUCCCUACUACGAGUCCCGAGGAGACUGCCGGCAACAUCUGGAUUCCUCCGGACCAAGCUCUGGCUCUGGCCGAGGAGUACAACAUUGGUAUCUGGAUCCGCGCUUUGCUUGACAACGCCGUCAUCCACCCUACCAGCAACAACCCUGAUUCUGCGCCUCCCAGCAUCUCGGCACCUCCCAAGUUCGAGCCUGCUGCCGAUGCUCCCAAGACCGUUCUAGCUCCUCCCACUCCCAGCCGCUCUACCCGCUCUCGCAGGAGCGCUAGCCCAACAAAGAGCACGAGGCGAUCCACUGCGUCGCCACGAAAGCGAACUGUCCGGGCCAAGGCUGAGAUCUUGGAGGUUGUGAAUGAGAAGGAGUCCCAGGUGAACGGAGAUGCCGAGGGCACCAAGCACGAGGACAUCGUGCUCACCACAACUGAGUUUGACCCUCAAGUGACUCUGGAGCCCAGAGAGGAGGAUCCCAAGCUCAAGAUGCACAUUGAUGAGGAGGUCAAGAAGAACCGUAAGGGCGUCGAAACCAAGCACACAGUUGCAGAGGUUGAGCUACCUCUGCCUUCAGCUGGUGAACCGCCCAGCGCAGCAGAGAUUGCCGCUAUGAUCCAAUCCGCCAAGGAGAUGGUUAAGGGGCAGAAGGAGGCACAGACGCAGCCAGAGGAUGAGGCCGUUGAAGAGAAGCCGGUCGAGGUCAAGGAAACUGGCAAGAAGUCCAAGCGCAAGGCCGCGGACAUCUCCCUCGGAGAUAAAGAAGAGGAGGAGAAGAAGAAGAAGAGCGAGCAGGCUGCCGGCAAGAACGAGACCACGUCUGAAGAGACGGUGGUAAAGGAUGAAGAGGAAGAACCCAGAGCGAAGAAGGUCAAGACCGAAACUGAGCUCCGAAAAACACGCGUCAAGAACAGGGCUUUAUUGGGUAUUGGAGCCACGGUGGCAGUGGGAACAGGGUUCAUAAAACAAAACUACGACUUUACUUUUACGGCAUCUAAGAAUGGAAGAAACAUGAGAGACCGUGGUAUUGUAGGAGAUAGGGAGGAUGCGGAGUAG